UACAGGCCACAGGAAGAUCCUCCCAGUGUCCCGAAAGGUAAGAUUUUCUGGGCUGCAACUAAGUACACACUGACUUUAACCCUUUAAACCCUAAGAUCAACAUUUGAAUUCUCAUUUGUUCCCCUAUUCAUUUCCUGUAGAAGUAGUGGGGAGAAGUUGAUAAAAUAUCAAGCAAAUUCAUCAUGUGUGAUUGUGUCCAUAAUUCUCAUGACCACUCUGUUUUACAAAGUAUUGAUAUUGCAAGGAGAAAUUUGAUGCUGAUCACCCUUAGGGCUCAAGAGGUUAAUUUGUACAGUGUACUAACUUAGUUAAAAUGUUUUGCGAUGGUAGGCAGGAUAACUAGAGUAGAAGGCACUAAAGCCAAAACUUUUAUGGUUUUAUCUAACAUCGUUAAACCUAAAAAUUGUUGAGUAUGCAGCAGGAAGUGGCAAACGUGCCAGCUGAUGGCUCUGUGACCAGGCUGAGAGUGGACGUGUUCAUGUUAAAGGGGGGUCCUUUCAAAAAAAAAAAAAUUGUGUUAGGAGCUCAUUGUAUAUAGGGAAUUACCUCUGGAGGUCUGUUUACCACAUGUUUCUUUAGAGAGAUUAUAGAUAUAAUAAAAUACAGCGUGGUUUCUUUGAUUUUCAAUAGAUUAACACCGAACCAAUGAUUGAGGACAGUUUUUUUAUUUCUGCUUCUUAAGUUGGGGCUGCCAUUUGUCAUGGUCAUCCAAGCCACCCAAACUUCUAGCUGUUUGCAAAGCAAAGGCAAUACCUUCAUUGCUUGGUUAUUUUGAGUCCCUGGGUAUUGGUACAGCUUGGGGAUCAAACCAGCAACCUCCUGUUUGGCAGUUGACUAAGAUAGUUCUACCUUGGAUAUUACAUUGAACUUAAAUGCAAUGUUACUCACCAUAAUCUCUGUAACAAGCUCCCUCCCCUAUUUCAAGCCCUAUUCAUUAUUAAGCCCCCAUUUUGAACAGUCAGCAGACUGUACCAUAUCUACAAUAAGCUGCCCUCAAACUGAGAGAAUAGUAAUAAUAUAUUAUACAAAAUGUAACAUAACAAUGUGGAAAUAGAAAUUAAUCUUAUUUGUAGUGAGUUGUUAUACUUGUUAGAUUUAUUACAAACGUUUCUCACUGUCUUCCAAUAAAUCUUGUCAAGAUUUUCAACCAGUGACCAAAUGCUCUGAAAGUGCUGCACAAGUAUUUUUUAAUAUAGUUUCUAUGAACUCUUGACAUCAUCACUAGUGUUCUUUCUAAGUGGUGGCAGAAAGUACAUGUAUCUCUAGAAAGGCAAAAUAUUUCCUCAUGAAGACUUAAAAUUGUGUUUAUGCAAUUAGUCAGUGGGGAAUUUAACUGCUAGGAAAUUUUGAUUCUGGCUUUCAUUCUCAUCAUAGUUGGGGAAAUCAUAAUGCAUAAUUCUCCUUUCAAUUUCCCCUAUGUAUGCUUGAAAACAUAGGGAGACUUUGACGUACUGUAUUUAUUCGAUUAAGUGCCCGACCUCAAAUUAGCACCUACCUUGAAUAAGCAACCAUGCUGUUGGGAGGAAAAUUUGACAAGUGUCCAGCCUCUAACCAGUGCCCUCCCCCUCCCACAAUCCUGCCCCCCACAACAACAACAUCAACAACAAAAACUAUGAAGUGGACAAGAAAAGUUGGUUGUUAUUUCUUUACUGCCCUACCUGCUUCUUGUCAUGUGACCCAUUUGCAGACAUUAUGCUGUGAAACAUCUAUGAGGCAAUACCAGAGAGUUCACUUAAUGAUCUUACUGACAAUGAGAUAGAAAUUGACUAAGUACUGUGCAGUGCGGCUAGGAAAUUUCCCCGAAGACUGAGUUGUUAGUAUUUUAGUUUUUUUAAAAACUUUCAAUGAACAGUGAAAAUUCUGCUCUGGCACAUCUUCUCGUUUUGUUAUUACUCACUGCUUUGCUGGAAAAUUAACAUACUACUUGCUCAGAAUAAUGAACAUUUAAUAAGGACCCACUCUCAAGGCCCAAAAGUUUAAUAAGUGCCCAGGGCACCUAAUAAAAUAAAUACUGUAAGAUCAGGAGACACUGGGCAUUUAAAUGAUUUAAUUAUUGCUAGCAUGUUAUACAAGAACAGAAAUAUCAACCCAUGUAUGGUUGAUGUUAUUGUCCUUCUUAAUAAAACGCAAGUUCUGGAGUACAAAAGCCAACUAACUUUUUUGUUCUUAGCUGCUGUCAAUCAUCUUAGCAAACCUCUCAGGAAACAGGACUCUACUUCUGACAAGUUCAAAAGUUCAUGGCUUAUGAUUUGUGAUUGGUGGAUUUCAACCCAUUUUGUGUGUUUCUGUGUUUCAUGGCCCAUCGCUUGUGAUCAUAAUAAUGAUUGACAGCAGGAAAAAAUACAAUUGUAACCUGGCUAUCAAAUGUCAGAGUUUGUGUGUUAUUGAAAAGUGCUGUAAUGGAAAACUUUGCUUUCAUUUUGCUUCCCAUUAAGAAGUGUAAACUUAUGGAAAACUUUGCUUUCAUUUUGCUUCCCAUUAAGAAGUGUUAACUUAUUCUUAUAUCUGCAUGGUGAUGCAGGGCUGUCACCAUGAUUUUAAGGAGCCAUCUAAAUACCUCAAGUAUAGUAGGCAGGGAAUCAAACUGCUAGGGAUCUCUUUUUCUAUUUUCCUUCUAUUAUCCUAUGAAAAAAGCUGAGGGAAACCCCUUGCUCCCGGCCCUUAAUGACAGCUCUGGUAAUGUAUAACACUUCGUUUAGAAAUAAGUGUCAACAGCACUUCUUGAUCUAACAUUCUGCCAAGAACAGGUUUAUCUCUAGUGUGUGUAAUACCUAUCCUUAAGUCAAAGAAAAAAUAUUUUUGAAUAUUGUUUUCACUCCAAACAGCACCCAAAAUUCAAGAAAUGUUCUACAUUUCAUGCAGUAUAACAAGCUGAAAAAAAACACCAUGCAAGAGAAUUGCGAAACAGGUUUAAAUUGCCAUAACUGUAGGAAGGUAGACUACUUGAAAAUUAAUAAAAUGUUUCCAUUUUGACUUCCUGUUCACAGGGAAAAAGCCAAGGCUAGUAAUCCAACUUUCAAAGCUUACCCAGGAGCAGGUAAAGAAGUUACAAAGAAAAAACCUGUCUACCAAGGAGAAAAAUGCAGAAAGCAAGCAGAAAACGGAAAGUGAAGCUAACUCUAAUGUCAACCACAAUAAAGUAUUUGACUCUUCUUCCCAAAUAGUAAGGGAAAGCCCUGUGCGACACAGGCUAUCCAACCUUCUUGAUGGAUCAGAGCUUAGCCCAGAUCAUGACCUUGCAGUAGUCCCUACAUUUUGUGAUGAAAAUACAUUUACUACCAAAAUUGAUUUUAAUGAAAAUCAGUUAAAGCCACCAAAAAACCAAGAUUCAGUGAAGGCCUGCUUGUUUAAUCGAGAUGGAAUAGCAGCUGAUGACAACUCAGCAGGUCUUACACAGGAUGAGCAAUGUAUAACUGUACCUUGCUACCCUGAGGUUGUUACCAAGACUUGCCUACAGGUAGAUGAGACUAAAUCUGGCAGCAACAGUCUGGCAGCUGAUGGUGUUUUCUCAACUGUAAAGACAAUUACAGGUGUUGAUCAGUGUCAUGGUCAAAUACAGUCAUCAAAGUAUAAUACUGUUGCAAGUCUUUCAGAACAAGAUAGUCAGCCUAAAUCUUCAGUUAAUGAUGCAGCAACAGAUGUUUCAAGUGGUAAUUCUGAUUUACCCAGUCACAAGGUGGUGCCGGAAAGUGAAGAAGCUGUGCCAUUAAGUGGUGAAAUGAAAGUCGAUCAUGAGGCUGCUGGAGACUCUGGGUUUUCUAGUGGAGAUAACUCAAUUGAUUAUGCAAGUGGAUACAAUACACUGGAGGUUUGUUAGGUCUUUGCUUCUUAUUAGUUUAUAAAGCUGAUUAGAAAAAAAAUAGAUUUGUUAUGAGUCCAAGAGGCCUUUUAUCCAAUUUCAUUGGACGUUGUACCUCCAAACCUUCCAACAGUUAAGUGCUGGCCAUAAGUAUUUGUUUUUUAAUUAUUAUUUAAUCAAUCAAGGCUGUGCUCUAAGGAAAAUUGAAGGGAGCCCAGUGCUCUAAACCUGUAAAAUCUAAGGUGGCCAGCAUAUCAUUUAAAUGAAAAAAAGUAAGAUUUCUUAGUCACCCGCCAGGGGCUACCAGGCCCUGCUAGAGCACAGCCCUGAAAAUAUUAUGCUCAACCAAAUGUACCUGGUUAAAGUAAUGCCAAGAAGGAUUAAUGCAUUACAGUUCAUGAUUCAUCAUUCACUCUGGAAAGGAACAGGUCAAUCAGGCACACAAGGGGAAUAACACGUUUUUGGUAGUUGCCAAGUAAUGUUCUGCUUUGCAAUGAUGGAAAUUGUAGGUUGUGAACUCCUUGCUAUCAGACCUUAAUGAAGAAAGAAACAAGAGGAUAGAACUAGAUGAAAGGAUUAUAAGUAUGGAAACGACUAAUCAAAAGCUGGUGUCAGAGUGUGAAAAACUGAAAGAUAUGGUGAACGACUUACUCCAUUCAUCUAAGGUAAUACACCACUGAAAUGUUGUUGAUAGUGCAGUAAUAGCCUAUACGAUGUAAAAUGUUUGGAGGAACUCCUUUCCUUUUGAGGUAUUUCACCAAGGAACGGAAGGGAUUGUCUCAUGUCAUUCCAAAAAAAGUCUCGUGUUUAUAUGAGAAGGUGGGCUGUCCAGGGUUCCAAGAUCUUACGUCAAGCAACUGAGAGGCAAGCAGGGCAGCCUGCCUUCUUACAUGAAAGCAACAGAUCUUUUAUGAGAAAAUAACACAUAAGCUGAGCCAGCCUGGCUAACCAGGCUUACGUGCCUCACAUAAACAGGCUCUGAUUUGUUCUACACCUUGUGGUUUUUAUAUUUUCUUCACUCUCUGACAGUUGAAGUUGGAGUAAGGUAGUAAAGUUAAACUUUAUCAUUAUAAUCUUCGUUGUUAUUAUUGUUGUUGUUUUUUUUUUCAACCCAUUAAGUACAUUAAUCUAAUCUGAGAGGAAUCAUGCUUAUUUGCAUUAAAGUUAUCACUCAAUUUAGAAAACUAUCCACAAAUACCACCCGAAACGUCCUUGAAAUUUGACAAUGAAACAUCAGUCUUCACUCUUGUGACCUGAUUAUUUUAUUGCUGAAACUUGUUAUAUUAUUCACUCUAGAAUAAGGCUGCCUAUAUGGAAGGGCAUGUUUAUUGUGUAUAUCUAAUAUUCAUGGCAAUUACCAAAACUGAAUUAUCGUUUUUUACUAAUAAAAUGAUAUAUGUAUCUGCAUUGUAAAAAUGUGAAUGGUCCGUGUGUCACUGUUUUUCUGGUCUUGGCCUGUUUUUGUUCAAGUCAAAGUUAGGCACCAUACUGUUAUAAAAGUACCCCACAGUUCACAUCUCCAGCUCAUAAUAUUAAUAAAUCUGGUUUCAGGUGAACGCUAAAACAGUUUCCAGAGGAACACAGAUAAAUAUGAACAUAGUAAGUUAAUGGACAGAAAAUGCUUCUGGUUAUCAUCCCAAAUUUUUUCAUUCUAAACUACUGUCAGUGAAAACUCAUAGCUUUAAUUAUCAGGAUGAUUUUUAUCUUUUAUUUCAAGGUCUUAAUUGCCUCUCUUAUUACACUUCUUUCUCCUUCGAUGCCACUUUCCCUGUCCCAGCACCGUUUUUUUGGAGGCCUUCUACGAGUAAAAAAAAACUGGUAUCUUUUUUUUUUCUCAAUUUUAAAAUUUGCCCCAUCAUCCCCCCUGUCAGAUGCACUCCUCAUUUAUGGUUGUUGCUAGUAUUGAAGGUUAUUUGCUUUUUCACUUGGCAGACGUAAAUAAUUGAUGUCCUCAGGUUUGUUGUGACGAGAAAAGAUAAUGAUUCUGUAAGACUGGGCAUUGCCAAUUGGCUUUCCCAUUGGGUGUGGUGGAAAUAGUCUUUGUGCCUAAGUCGACACUUUCUGUUAUUUGCAGAGUCUCCACCGUGGAAGGGCAGUUGAUAGGGCAACUUCACCUUUGAGAAACAGGGAUCCCUCCCCUGAUUUGCAACUAUUUUCUUCCUCUGUUGGAUGCCAAACAAACUUUGAGAAAGUUGAACAUCCAAAGAUGGUGUCUUCAUUAAGCCAGACCGAUGAAGAAGUUAUACCACCUAAGAUAUUAGUGUCUAUUGCUUGUCAGACUGAGCUUGUCCUUCCAGUUGAGGCGCGGCCACAAGCGCGAGCAGCUCCACAAUCGUCCUAUGUGUCACAAAGACAAGAAAUGGCCAGGCCAAAUCUUCAAGCCACGGCACCCCUGCAACAUCUAAAUUUCUCACCCAGCACCCAAUCGUCAAAUGUGUUUCACACUGCAUUCAUUCCAUCUGGUCAGUUUUACCCAUUACCGCCAGAACUGCAAUUCCAGCAAGCUUCAUCUUUUCAAGUAAGGCAACAAGGACAUUCUUCAGCCCAGGUUUUUGGAAAUCGGCCUCGUGCUUCAGUUGCUACUUCAGUGCAGCAAACCAGCACAACAGGCUACCAAGCAUUACCAUCACUAGAAAGGCAGACAGUUACCACUCAAGGCCUUGCACAUCCCACAUUGAAUGCCCUCCUCUCUGCUUAUAAUACGUCUGCUUAUAAUUCCAGCCAACAAAGACAUUCUGUGGGACAUCCUGUGCAAACAAGUGCGCAACGUGCUCAGACAUCCCAUCAGAGAACUCAGUUUGAUGGAUUUGCCCAAGCCAGUGGUAGACAGCUCUAUUCUGCUCCUCAACAGAACAAUCGAACCAGCUCUUUGCAGCAAGUUGCAAAUCCUCAGGGUGCUGUACAGUCAAGGGUGAUUACAGAAAUUGAGCAACGUAGAGUAAACCAAACACAAAUUCAGCCUCCAACUGUAGGAAAUCAGACAACUAGAAUUUCUGGGCAGCCAAACGCAAUAGCCUUACAUCAUGGCAAUUCUCAACAACUUUCUUCCAGGCUAUUUUCUCAACCUCAAAAUCAAGGAAUUUCAGAGGGUCGGAUUCUCAGAAACACCAUACGUCCUAUACCUCAUUAUCAGCAUGGAAACGCGUCAUCAAACCAAUCGGCAGUCCAUGGGAUAACCAUGCAACAGUCAGUUUCGCAGCCUUUGGGAUUACAAACACCUAUGUUUACUCAAGCAGACUCAGCUAGACCUCAAACCUGUCAAUCAGUAAAUCUGAACGCAUCAAUGAUUCAGCCGGUUCAACGGCCUAUUUCUCAGGCUAGGACAGUAAGUGCACCGCUGUUACAUAACACAAGAAAUCCUGUUCCAGUGCCUCAAAGUCAAGCAAGAAACUUGAGUGUCCCUGUCAAUCAGACCACAGUGACUACCCAACAUGCUGCACAAUUGCUUCCAGUGCAACAAUCAGUUCAAGCUCAAUCAUCAAACACGUACAAUUUUACAGUAAGACGGUUAACCCAGGCAACUGCAGAAAGGAAUACACAGGUACCUGAAAAUGACUUGAGAGUGCAACCAAGCGUACAGUCUCAAAGCCUCUUUGAUGAGAUCCGACGUGUAUAUAGUGAAUUGCAACAAAGCCUGGACGACGUCACUGCUAAAAAACAAAAGGCGAAAAAUACUGAGAAAGCAAAUGUAACAGUCGCUGUACCCGCUGAUGUUGCUACUCAACUGACAGCUGAUUACGUUACCUCCGCGGAAGAGUUGUCAAGUGUUAGGUCAGAAGAUCCCCUCAUCAGCCAGGGACAUAAGUUGGAUAAGGCACAUACAAGAACUUCUGGUGCUUCGGCUGGUUUGCACAUCGAAGGUGACGUAGCACCAGAAAGCAGGAAAGCCAGACAAGAAAACAAUCCUGUGUUAAGUAAGAAAGAUCGUCACAGGAACCCUGCCAAAACACCUAGUGGAGCCCUAGAAAAUACUGUACAGCGAUUAUUGGCUCAUCAAAACAGCACUUUAUCAAAACAUCAUGCCAGUCCCAAAACUAGUUCUAGUUCUGUUUCGGACUUAUUCGAUGGUAUUCGUCCAGUGGAAUCACAGCCGUCAGAAACAGGCACCAGUGGCAAAAAUGAGAACCAACCAGGUUGUGAAAGUGAAGGUGUUUGUUCGGGGAAGUCAAAAGCUGAUAAAGUGGAGGUAGAUUCUCUAGAUGACAAUAAGGAAACCAAUAAAGAGGAGCUUGAUUGUCGAGUUACUUCCUCCGAUGAGAGGCAACCAAUUUCGGAAAUAACAUCUUUGGCCGAUGAGAGGGGGAAGGAAACUGGGGCUUCUUUGGCCUCUGAAGAAGUUAAUGAGGUAGUGCCAAUUUCUGGUGCGGGCGUCGAAGGACAGAGAAGUAGUAAUUCCGAUAGUGUGUUUAUUGCUCCAUCAGCUCUUCCUAAUAGAAAGAGUGACGUUGAGAAAGACAAAGACGAUAUUUACAUACAACUUAUGUCUCCUGUUAUACCCCAUGGAUUUGUUAGCCACAGGAAAGACAGUGAUUCUGAUAACGUAUUUGUUGUUCCAUCAUCCCCUGUUAAAACAAGGAACGAUAGUGAGAAGAUGAAAGACGACCUAUACGUCAAUCUCAUGUCUCCGAUCAUACCUGUUUCACCAUCACCCACAGCAAAGCGUCGAUCACAUAUUUCUCAACAUUACUGUGAUGAAAGUGAGACCACUCAAAGAAAAUCGCUAGGUGAAGAGCAAGACAGUAAUCCUUCUGUGCAGAGAAUAGAGAGUGCAGACAAAGUCAUCAAUGAUAAUCCCGACCAAACAGAAAUAGGAGAGACAGACUACACCACCAGUCCUGGUCCUCAAAGUACACAGAUACAACAAAUUGUGAGGAACCAAGAGGAAGAUCCUGAACUUCUGACGACUGGAGAGGAAGGCACUGUCGACGAAAAUAGGUUAAUAGAUGCAGAAAUUGAGUUGCCUGUAGCAGAAACGCAAGGGGGAAAUACUGACACUGACAAGGUUAAAGUAGCCGAAGGUGAAAUUUAUGAAGAAAGGAGGCCUACAUCAGAGACAGGACAGGAGUUUCAUGUCACCUUUGCAGAUAAAGAUAUGGAAGUUGUUCGGAGUGUGGGAGGAACAGCUGACGAAAAUCACGUGGUGAAUAGCGUUGACCCUCAUGGACAAAAUUACUGUAGCUUUGUAUGCAAUAGCGUGGAAGAAAAACAUUCUGAAGAAUCUAGACACAAGGUGGGUGAAGGUGCAGAAGAGAAUGCAGGAGCUAAUCAAGGUAUAAGUGAUGCACACCUGGCUGUGGGUUGUGUCGACGCUUGUGCAGAGAAUGAUUCUCAACUUGCACCUGGUUUGGUAGCUGCCAAGGAUUCUGUAGAAAGCGAAGACAAAGCUGGUGAAGAGAUGGAGACAGAUGUAAUACCUGACCUCAGUUCCCCUCAGAAUGUAGUGAGAAUGCAAGAUUCUUUGAACAUUAGAUGCAGUCAGGAAGAGGAAAUGGAAACUGGUGCCAAACACACAAGAAGAGUCAAUACACAAGAGACUAUUCAAAGUUCAGGCAAUGUUGAUCCUGUUGGAAAGAAUAAUUUUGCACCGAGCAACACUGUUGAAGAGAUGGAGAUAGAUUCAAUACCUGAACUCAGAUCCACUCAGUCUGGAUGCGGUCCCGAUGAAGAAGUGGAAACUUGUGUCAAGCAUAGUGGAGGUGUCGGUACUGAGAAGGCACAAGAGACUACUCAAAAUGCAAGAAAUGUUGAUGCUGUUGCGGAGGAUAAUUUAGUCCCGAGCAACGCUGUUGAAGAGAUAGAGAAGGAUGCAACACAUGAGCUCAGUUCCUCUCAGAGUGUAGCAAGACGGGAAGAGACCUGGAAGCCUGGAUGCAGUCACGAGGAAGAAGUGGAGACUAGUGUCAUGCACAGUAGUAAUGCAGACUCUCAGAAGACACAAGAGCCUAUUGAAAAUGCAGCCAAUAUUGAUUCUGUUGCUGAGGAUAAUGUGGCCCUUAACAAUGGAUUACUUACAACGACUGAAGGAAACAGCGGCAUGGAAGAGAGCACCGUGCUUUCUUCUAGUAAAUGCUUGACUGAAGACAACAGUGACGGUUUAAAUGAGCAACAAUUUAGUGGGAUAACCAAAGGAAUUAGCAAACAAGACCAUUUUUAUUAUAGGUGCCAUGACUCUUCAGCUAUAAAAGAAGUAAAUUCUCUACUUGUAGAGAAACUUCCCAAUGAAAUGAAAAACCAACCUUUGGAAAGUAGACAGGAGCCAAAACAGAGUCUUGUAAAUGGCAUUGACAUCACAGGAAUACUAGUCUCUUCUAACAAAAACCAUGAUCAGAAUGAAAAAGAAAAUGCGGUCAAAUCUGAUUCUUCACAACAGCAUUUAAUUGAUGGUUCAACUUUACCAAUACCUAGGAUUGCUGUACGUUCAGUGGAUAACGACCUUAUGAUAAUGUGGGACCUACCUGACAAUGACAAAAUUUCUGAGAUAGAGUACUUUGAGUUAUAUUCAUGGAGCCGAGGUGGGCAGUGGCGUAAAAUUUCGAAAGUCAAAGCUCUUCGACUUCCUAUGGGUUGUACACUUAAAAACUUAGCACCUGGAAAAAUGUUCCGGUUCCGUGUUCGCGCACUGUCUCAUGGUGGAGUAGUUGGGCCAUUCAGUGAACCAUCCUCUUUUAUGUCCUUAUAG